AGCAACGGCCACGCUUUCGCUUUAGCUUGGCAGAGCCAUGGCAGGCAGUGGCCAUGGAUGAUCCCGGCGUGGCUACCUCGCAGUCAAGCCCCUCCUCCCUGCCCGCUGCGUGCAAGCCCUUUUCUUCUUGCCAUCGCGCCUCAUACGGGUUCCAUUUCGCAGAUAGAGUUGCAGUUGUUGUGGGUGUUCGUCAUGCUGGAAGAACAGGCCCUGGUGGAGGUUUUUGCUGGGCAGUUGUGCAGCUGGUGGUGGUGGUAAUCCUCCUUGCAGAUAUGGCAUCCUUGGCAGUCGUUUCGCCGCUCAAUUCCUUGCGUUUGUCGACCCCGUGCUCUGCUGGGCGAGACUUGAGUGGCUUGCACGCGGAGGGAUUGCGGUCGCAGGGGAAAGUGCAUUUGUCGUGGUUGGGACAUGGGAUUAUUUGUGGUGCUCGCAAUGGCGCCGCGAGUGGAGCUCAAGACUUUUUGAAUGUGGGUGCGAGUACUUUCAAGUGAGUAGUGUGGGCAGCGGUGGUGGGCGAAUCGGUCGCUUAGUGGAUAGGGUAGGGGUGAGGUGUGGUGCGUUCGAGCUCAACGAUGGGAUUGGGGCGCAGAGUGAUAACGAGCUGGUGAAGAAAAGCCUUGGGGACGAAUCCGUGGCGGCGAUUCAAUUUGAGGGUGGUCAGUACCCACCUACUGUUGUGUACGCCCCUGAUCGAAGAAUCAUAGCAAUUGGUGAUCUGCAUGGAGAUUUUGAAAGGGCGCAGUGGGCUCUACAACUUGCUGGAGUUAUGAGCAAGGACGGAAAACACCGAUGGACCGGAGGCACCACGGUCUUGGUGCAAAUUGGCGAUGUACUUGACAGAGGCGAGGAUGAGAUAACCAUCUUGUCUCUUUUAGCAUGGCUGGGCAAGCAAGCCCGCAGCAAGGGUGGGGCUGUUUUUCAGAUACUUGGUAACCAUGAGACGAUGAAUGUAGCUGGUGAUUUCCGAUAUGUUGCUCCUGGCGGAUUCCAAGAAGCAGAAGCAUUUGCGGAGUACUGUGAAUCAGAUCAUGGUGGGAAUUGGGAUGCAGCUUUUGAGCUUUGGCACGAAGCAUCUCAAGAAUUGAAAAAACAUCAAGCAGUCGAUUUUACUGGCUGGCUACCCAUGUUUAAUCCCAUUAAGAUGCAAAAGGGAGUUGCGGCAAGGACGAAGCUUUUGUCUCCAGGAGGGCCGUUGGCGAGGCAAUUGGCUGACCAUGGUGUUGUUUUGAAAGUGAAUGAUUGGUUAUUUGCACAUGGAGGUGUUCUGCCUCAUCAUGUGGAAUAUGGGUUGGAGAGGAUGAACCGGGAAGUAAGCUUGUGGAUGAAGAAUAUAAAUAAUAGAUGGGGCCAGCCCGCUCAAAUGCCUUUUAUUGCUGUCAAAGGUUUCGACAGCAUAGUGUGGAGCAGGUUGUACUCUAAGGAGAACUUUGAUAGACCCCAAGAGAGGAUUCAGGCAUGUGGAAUAUUAACAGCAGCACUGUCUGCAACAAAUUCAAGAGGCCUUAUUGUCGGCCACACUCCACAAACAAUCGGUGCCAACAGCAAAUGCGAUGGGCGUAUUUGGCGAAUAGAUGUUGGCAUGUCUAGUGGAGUUCUGCAUGCUCUUCCUGAGGUUUUAGAAAUUGUCGACGACAAAGUAAGGAUAUUAAGUGUUGCGGAAGAGUUCCGCCAGGAGGAGGAAGAGCCUGCUGAAGAAUCAACUUGGAAUGGCAAGAUGGAAGUGCAAAAUUACAGAUCAUAGUGCGUUGUCAUUUAAAUAUUUUUAGCAGGAAAACCUUCUGGUUGUAAGGGCUUGGAGACUAAUUGCUUCGAGUCUCGUACUGAAGAUGAACAUGGAUCUUUUCUUCAGAUUCUAUUAAACUUGUGCAGCAAAUUACAAUUAAGAAAAAAGUUGCUUCAUGUUUA